CUUUUAGAAAAAGUUGAAGAAGUGUUGCAUGGAAAGAUUAAAAAUGGUGAAAAGACAGCCUAUUUUCAGUUGGGUUUAUUUUAUUUAGAACAGGAGAUAUAUAAUGAUAAAGCCCUACAAUGUUUUAAAGAGUCUAAAGAUUUUGAUAACCAGUCUUUAUAUCAGUAUGGUGUUAUGUUAUAUGAUGGUAUAGGCUGUGAGCCACAAACUACUGAAGGUAUGGAAUGUUUAUUGAAAGUUGCCUCAUGUAAAUCUAAAUCUGUAAAACAUUUAUUACCAGCCUUGCAGUACAAUAUAGGUAGAGCUUAUUUCCAAGGCUUCGGGGUCAAAAGACAAUCAGAUGCAGAAGCUGAAAAAUGGUGGUUACUAGCUGCAGAUGAUGGUAAUCCUAAAGGCAGUGUUAAAGCUCAAAGUUCAUUGGGAAUGUUCUAUUCACGAGAGGAAACUUUAGAUUUAAAGAAAGCCUUUUUCUGGCACUCAGAGGCUUGUGGUAAUGGCAGCCUGGAAUCACAAGGUGCUCUGGGUGUUAUGUAUGAAAAUGGUAUUGGUUGUAAGAAAGAUCCUGACUCUGGUUAUAUAUGUUUAAAAGAAGCAUCUGACCGAGGCAAUGUGUAUGCUAUGGGUAAUCUCAUAGCUCACUAUUACAGACGAAAAUUGUUUUCAAAAUCUGGCGCUCUAGCUUUAAGAGUAGCUCAGCUCAAUGGUAAAGACAUACCUAUCCUAGCUAAAGAAACUGAAUGUUUGCCUGCAUUUAUCUGUAAGGGUAUCUCCAUGGCUUGUUUUUAUUUGGCACGAUCACAUGUAGCAGGACUUGGUGUCAACGUGGAUCAGGAGGAAGCCAAGAAAUAUUACUCAAAG